AUGGGCGGCGUCCCUUCGGUCCCCCGGGACAAGUCUCGCCGUCUGCAGGUCAUUGCCGCCGGCUACUCCCGCACCGGCACGACGUCCAUCUCCAUUGCCCUCGCGCACCUCCUGCACGGACCCGUCUUCCACGGCGGCAGCCAGAUAUUCCAGCGCGAAGACGCAUGGAUGCGAGAAUGGUGCCGCAUGGUCGAUGCCGACGGCAACAGCCCGGAGCUGCUCGCCCGGCUGCGCCGCAUCACCGCCGGCUACGUGGCCAUCGCCGACGCCCCCGCCUACAUGCUCAUGCCGGAGCUGCUCGCGCUGUACCCCGACGCCAAGGUGGUGCUCGUGACGCGCGACCCGGCGCGCUGGUACAGGAGCAUGGCGCCCAUCAUGAAGAGCGUCUCUAUCCCCAUGCGCUUUCUGGAUCUUCUCCUCUGGCCGUGCCCGACGUGGCGCUGGCUGCCGCACUAUCUGCGCUGGGCAGGCACAAGAGAGGAGAAGAGAAUAGGCACGGAAUUUACACCAGAUAUGCUGGACAAGCACAAUGACUGGGUGCGCAGGAACGUACCCAAGGAUCGUUUUCUCGAAAUGGACCUCGGAGAGGGCUGGAGGCCGCUCGCCGAUUUCCUGGACGUGCCGGUGCCGGAAAUCCCGUUUCCGCAGGCCAACGACGCCGCCGAGGCGGACGCGGUGACGAGGAGGAUACUCGUCACUGCUGGGCUGUCGUGGGUCGCCAUUCUGGUGACGGCGGGGACGCUGGCAUGGCAGGCGUACCGUUACUGGGGCGUUCGUUAG